CGUUUAUUAUCUGGGUGACGUUAUACGCCUGGAAUCCCACCCUGUGACAGUGUUGGCUACCUGCCAGCUCGAUCUUGAUUUCAUAUAUAACCCAUAUCAGCAAUACGAAGUAAAAGCGACCCCAUCACAAGGUAUAUUUUAAUAUUUAACAAGCUAGCUUUUACUGUGCACUGACACUCAGCUAGGAUAGUGUUGGCCAGACCAUGGGAACAUACAAAAUGAAGACGUGGAUGAUUUCCUUAGUUUUUAUGGUCUUAUACGUCCAUACAGCGGCUGCGGUCAAAUGUUACAAGUGCUCCCCCACCAACUCAUUCUGUAAAGACCCCUACUACCCAAACUUAAUUGACACCGGCGACGAAACCCUCCUCUGCGAAUAUGGCUGUGCCAAGCUCGUCUCUGCAGACGGCGUGACCAGAGGUUGCUCUCACAAUGAGAAACCGAUAUGCGCAAAGGUCAACACUGCCGGCGGGGAGAAGGCAGCGUGUAUAUGUAACUCCGACCUAUGUAACGCGGCCACCCACCCCCAACCUGCGACACUGCUGGCCGUUCUCAUGUUCACCGCGAUCUGCUUCACCAUGUAUCUGAAGAUGUAUUCCUAACCAAAUGGAACUUUAUGAAGAGAAAUCGUUUCAGCAGGCAGGAACGUAAUAGAUAAUAAUAUUUGACAUGGUGUUUGUUCAUGUCCAUGCUGCAUCGACUAGUGUGCCGCAGUCACCAUAGGCCUACCACAGUUACGACGACCAGGUGAUACAUACUGUGUUUACAUUCCUUGUGCUGAGAUUUCCCACAGAGACAUCGGAAAACUGGUCUCGAUAACUGAAUUAUGACCCAAACAGACCACAUUAAUAUUUAAGCAACUUAUACUUAGUUGUUAAUAGAUAAAGAGAAGUAAUUAAUGGCAAAAACGGAGUCUUAGGAACUCCAGAGAUGAUAAAGGUUUUGGCUGUUGUGCUAGUAGCUGUGAACACCAUGACAAAGUGACUUAGGCUGUAUUCCCAGAGAUCGAUCUAUCCCCGCGGGGAGUCUCACUAGAUUACUGUCAGAUAAUCCG